AUGACUGAGAAGAGAUCUCGAAGCUCCUCCAGAGAGCCCCCUCAGAAACAGAGAGACUCUUUCACUCAAGGAUCCAAGAGAAAGAAAAGAGAGAGCCAAGGUUCAGUCGGGCCCAGAAGUGGACGGGAAAAAGGAGAAGCGAAAAAUGAUACCAAGGUUUCAGCCGUGGUGGAUGUGGAUAAUGUGGUGGCUUCCGAUGAGGAGACUGAAGUAAUGGCACUACUGGAGAGUGGCCAAAAGGAUGAGGGUGAGAACCAUUUGCUCCGUUUAGAAAGGGUUUAUACAGCAAUAUAUCUUUAGAAAUUAUUUUAUUCUAUAAUUGAGAUUAUUUAUAUAUGAUGGACAUCUUUUUUUAAAUUGUUCCAGCUGGGGAAAUUAGGGACAAUAUGAUUAUUUUAUAAUUUGCUGAUCACAGCCAGUGAAUGAAAUACUUCUCCUCACACGCAGGUCAUCUCUAAUUUUAUCCAAGCACCAUGGAAUUAUAACUCAGGGACUACAGCUCACAUGUUGAAUCUUUAUAUUUAAACUGAAUUUCAAAUUUUAGGCCAAAGUUGCCAUAUUUAACUUAGAAACCUGUCACACUAUCUGUAACAAAUGAUGAACUUUGCACUCCUCUGAAUCGAUCAUUUGUCAGGGGGUGAGGAUAGAUGAAGGGCUCAAGUCUUCCAUCCCUUAUAAUGUGUAGAUAUGAAAUAGGAGCAAUGUACUAAGCAUUUCAGCCUUCUUUCCUCAGCCAAAAACGUGAAUCACUUAUGGUACUAUGUCACUUAUAUUACGUUUACCUUCUAAUUAGGGAUAGGGGGGAGGUAGGGGCUACCCUUUGUUGUACUCCUGUGGAUAAGGCCAGGAAGUUAUAUAUAUUCAUUUUUUCUCUCAGGUACAAUGAUGAAGGUUUUUGUUUUUUUAGGGAUAAUAGUUGGAGAAUGCUCUAGCAUACUUAAUUCCAAGGCUCCCUCUCACUCACAGUCACCCGGCGUAUAGGUCAGACUUUCAGAUCCCUAAGGCACUGAAUAAUUCCCUAUAUAUAAUACAUAUGUUUGUAGGUUUGUAUAUUACACUGAUCCACAUUUUUUUCACGAAUUGUGGCACUUAUAUUGCAUUGUGUUUGCACCAAAGUACUAUUGCACUUUAUAAUAUAUGCACCUUAAUUGAUUGUGUUUUAAGGGAAUGUUGCAAUUUUCACUAAUAUUGUCUUAAAGACACAGCGCACCUUAACUUUCGUUUUAUGUCUAAAUAGUGUUUUGUAAGCUUGUACACUGUAAGGUGCAGCUUUCUUACCACUAAUCUAUUUUAUUGUAUCUGUUUAGCGCCUAUUUUACUUGAUUUUGUGUUUGUUUUUUACUGAAUAAUUCCCUGCCCAAUAGAAUAAAGGUUUGGGGUUUUUUUUGUUUUGUUUUUUUAAGUGGUUGGGUUAGUGGACACAGGUAAGAGACUCGGCCAUGGUCCUAGAAUAGUUUUCAGCAGAAUUAUUUCUGUGAUUUGCAAAUAACAGAGAUGCAAUCAUCUAAAUGCAUUAACAUAUGUUUGUUUUCUUUCACUUCUGUUAUGUUACAUACUCUCAUGGCAAUGUUUGCUGAUGGGUUAAAUAACAUGGUCAUUUAUUCGGUCAAGAAAAAAUGCUUUACUCUUUAAAUAUAAUGUAUAACUGAUAGAGAAAUGACGGGAAACAAUCUGCUUUGCAAACAUAACUCUUGUAUGCUUUAUGUAAUGGAUGUCUCAAGUAACGGAACAAUUUAUUGUGUAAGUGGAUUAUUGUAAAAUGAGUAAGACAUUUAUGUGUGUAAUAUUGUGUAUUUCCAGGUGUGAAGGCUGCAGGCAUUAGGAUAUGUGAGAAUCUACUCAUUUUUUGCUGUCUCCUAGUCAUCCUCUUCACAUUACCGCUGUCUAUCUGGCUAUGUGUUAAGGUAAGGUCUAUACACAUUAGCGGAUAUGUUAACUGUUGGCCUUCAUGGGCCUGGUGUUCUAGAACCUGAGCAAUUAAGAGGUUCCAACCUCAGCUCAGUGAAUGUGCAUCUUGGACAUAUUGUCAAGUUGACAGAAACUGGUUACAGUUAACCAAUAUGGAUACAAUGUGAGCAUAUCUGACUCCUGGCUGGUCAUUUUUUCACUUGUAUUCAUCGCUGAAUUUCUUUCUUUGAAAGAAAAUGUCCUGUUUUAUUAUGAUUCAAAAUAAAAGCUUGCACAUAUUACGUUUGAUUUUGUAAUUCAAACAUUUAAACAAAUAACGUAUUUCAGAGUUUCUCCUGGCCUACCAUUGCUCCACAGCAACAGCCAUCUUUAAAUCCUCUUUGGUCGGAAGCACUAGUUAUGCAACCAAACCCCACGCACAUCACAGAGGGCCAGCGUGUAUUCAUAAAACCCGAUGUCAUGCACAGUAAUUGACCUCUCAAAGAUUUCCUUUCAUUUGGUUUCUGCCAUUCCGAUUGAAUAUUGUCCACUCAGAUAUGUGGUGUUUAAAGGAACCGAUUUUCCAGAAAAGUGAUAACUGACCACCCCCCUUUGCCUUGUAAAAAUACAUCUAAUAAAGUUAACUAACCUCAGUUUCAGUGCUGGGAUUCCAAUGCUGUUGCUCCCAGCAGCUACUCCAGUGAUGUCACCAUCUAAGCUGACAUCACCUACUAUCACCAAUUAAUUGAUUCUCAUAGAAAUAAAGAAUUGGAACUAGGAAUGCACAGCCAAACACUGUGCUCCUCCAAUCAAAUGCUGCUAAGAGCAAAAUUUAUUUUCAGAACUAUGUUUCAUUCGAUUCUGUAGGAGGAAGCGCCUCUAGUGGCUCUAAAGGUGUAUUUAACACUGAAGAGUUAAAACAACAGGACCACUGCACACAGUGCACAUGAAGGGAUCUGAAUGGCUUUAGUGGUCCUUUAAGAUGACUUCAUACUACGGAUGCACCGAAAUUUGGGCCUAUCCCAUUUCGACCGAAAAUGGAUCAAAUCUAAGGCAAGCUAGCUGAUAACGGCGGGCAGGGUGCGGAGCAUGCUGGCGCAGUGAGCGUUGAAAGCAGGACACAUUGUGCGGGCAGUGAGCACACUGGCUGCCAUGUCAUUCUGCCGCCCACUGUAAUCCCGGAGCGGAGAGCGAUAUCAGAGCUGCUCUACAGCAACCCCCCCCCCCCCCCCCCCGAGAUUCUCCCCUGCCGGGAUUGUCCAAGUGCCAGCCCUGCUAUGUGCCUGCGGACCGGGGAGGGAGAUCAGAGAUACUAUAUAGAGUGAUCUCCCUCCCCUGUCCGCAGGCACCGUGCUGACAGCCGGCAGGGGAGGUAGAGAGGACCCGGGAGCUCAGCCUGCAGCUCCUCCGGGUCCUCCUCUACCACGGCAACGCUCCAAAUCUCGCGAGAGUGAACUCUAGCCCUGGAGCUGCGGGGACCACCAGGGAUUCCCCACCGGACCACCAGGGAACAAAAUAUUCCCCCCUGCUCCCAGUAAAGGUAAGAAGGGAGGGGGGACAUAAAUAUAUAUAUUUUAUUAAAUACAUUUUUUUUUUUUAUUCUUAUUAAAAAGCCUGCCUACCAUCCUCCCCCCCCAUACAAACACUGUCCCCCAUACACACUGCCCCACAAACACUGCACACCCAUACACACACUGCCCCCCAUACACACACUGCACACACAGUGCCCCACACACACGACCCCCACAUACACACACUGCCCCACACAGACAUACAGUGCCCCCCAUACACACUGCCCCCUAACACACACACUGCAACCCUGACAUACACUGCUGCACUCACACUCACACACUGCAACCCUGACAUACACUGCCGCACUCACACACACCACUGCUCCUAUGUCCUAUAUCCCAGCAGACCCCAGGUAAGUUGUCAAACUGUUCUUAAACGGUACGACUACUUACACUGGGGUGAGAUCCUGGCACUACUGGCACCAUAACUACUACACUGAGCUGUAGUGGUUAUUGUGCCUGGAUUAUUUAUUUAAAUAAUCUACAAGUGCCCCUCCCGAGAUCAGGCUCUGGAUCCGCCACUCGCUCUACCGGGACAUAGAGGUCAGUGUGCAUAGGUUCCAACACUCCUGUAUUUACCAGGACAGUCCCGUACUUUGGGGUACUUUUGCAGCAAAUUUAUGUACUGGGGGUUUGUCCCACAUUUUAAAAUCUGUAGUCAGAUUUCAAAAUGGAGGAGAGGACUGGGCAAUAGGAGCAUGCAUGGAGCUCUUUAGCAGUGUUAUAUGCCUGAUUCGUUGGAGUGGGCAGGCUGUCAGUCAGCCUGGCCACACUCUUUAAGAGCAGACUACCCCCCCUUUUGACAGACAGACCAGCCCGCUUUUGGCCUUCAGCAAUCUCCCUGCCUAUCUGCAUCCUAGGAAACAUUGGUAAGUACAGUAUAGUGACAUAUCAUUAUUAGGGAUCGACCGAUAUUGAUUUUUCAGAGCCGAUACCGAUACCGAUAUUCUGUGAACUUUCAGGCCGAUAGCCGAUAUAAUUUGCCGAUAUUCUGUACAUUUACCAAAAUAAAAACUAUUUCUAAAGGUAAAUGCACAAAAUAUACAUGCCACGUGUAGUGGAUGCAGUGUGACAGGGGAGCUGUGUGUGUUUGUGUAGUGGAUGCAGUGUGUGUUUGUGUAGUGUGUGUGUUAUGGAUGCAUUGUGUGUGUGUAGUGUGUGUGGAGGAUGCAAUGUGUGUUUGUGUAGUGGAUGCAGUGUGUAUUUGUCUAGUGUGUGUAGUGGAUGCAGUGUGUAUUAGUGUAGUGUGUAUAUAAUGAAAGCAGUGUGUUUGUGUAGUGUGUGGGUAGUGUGCGUAAAGUGAAUGCUGUAUAUACUAAAUGCAAAGUGUGUGUGUAUAUAAUGAAUGCAGACUGUGUGUGUAUAGUGAAUGUAGUGUGUGUAUAGUGAAUGUAGUGUGUUUAUAUAAUGCAGAGUGUGUGUGUUUGUAUAGUGUGUGUAUAUAAUGCAGUGUGUUUGUGUAGUGUGCAUUAUAUAAACACACUACACAAACACACUGCAUUAUAUACACAGACUACACACACACUGCAUUAUAUACACACUACACACACACUGCAUUAUAUACACACUACACAAACACACACUGCACAAACACACUACAUAAACACACACCGAAUUAUAUAUACACACUACACAAACACACACUGCUUUAUAUACACACACUACACAAACACACACUGCAUUAUAUACACACACUACACAAACACACACUGCAUUAUAUACACACACUACACAAACACACACUGCAUUAUAUACACACACUACACAAACACACUUAUAUACACACACACUACACAAACACACACUGCAUUAUAUACACACACACUACACAGAAACACACACUGCAUUAUAUACACACUACAAACACACUGCAUUAUAUACACACACACUACACAAACACACACUGCGUAUAUACACACACACACACACUACACACACUGCAUUAUAUACACACACACACACACUACACACACUGCAUUAUAUACACACACACAAACACACACUACACACACACUGCAUUAUAUACACACACUACACAAACUGCAUUAUAUACACACACUACAAACUGCAUUAUAUACACACACUACACAAACUGCAUUAUAUACACACACUACACAAACUGCAUUAUAUACACACACUACACAAACUGCAUUAUAUACACACACUACACAAACACACACUGCAUUAUAUACACAGUGUGUUUGUGUAGUGUAUGUGUAUAUAAUGCAGUGUGUGAGGGGGCAUUUUUUAUUAAAUUAUUAAAAAAAAAAAAAUUAUAUUUACUUUAUUAUUUAUUUUUGUUGUCCCCCCUCCCUGCUUGUUACCUGGCCAGGGAGGGGGGAUAUGACAGUCCCUGGUGGUCCAGUGGCAUUGGCUGAGCUGGGAGGGGGGGGCAGAGAGCAAGCGCUUACUCACCUCCCCAGUGUAACUCUCGCGGCCAGCGUGUCGCGCGGAGCGUUGCCAUGGUGAUCCAUGGCAACGCUCUGACGGCCGCGGGUCUCGCGAAAGUUGCACUGGGGAGCUGGAGGAGCUGCUGGGAGGUGAGUAAGCGCUUGCUCUCUGCACCCCCCCAGGACCGCCGGGCUUGUAAUGAGCCUGGCAGUCCUAGGAGGUAUUAUCGGCAAUAUCGGUAUCUGAAUUGGCCUAUACCGAUAUUGCCUAGAAUACCGAAUAUCGGUAUUCAUUAUAUGGGCAGUGUGUAUAUAGUGAUAUUGUAUCAUUAUAUGGGCAGUGUGUAUAUAGUGAUAUUUCAUUAUGGGCAGUGUGUAUAGUGAUAUAUCAUAACGGGCAGUGUGUAUAGUGAUAUAUCAUUAUGGGCAGUGUGUAUAGUGACAUUAUAUUGACAGUGUGUGUAUAGUGAUAUAUCAUUAUGGGCAGUGUGUAUAGUGAUAUAUCAUUAUGGGCAGUGUGUAUAUAGUGAUAUAUCAUUAUGAGCAGUGUGUAUAGUGAUAUAUCAUUAUGGGCAGUGUGUAUAUAGUAAUAUAUCAUUAUGGGCAGUGUGUAUAUAGUGAUAUAUCAUAAUGGACAGUGUGUAUAGUGAUAUAUCAUUAUGGGCAGUGUGUAUAUAGUGAUAUAUCAUUAUGGGCAGUGUGUAUAGUAAUAUAUCAUUAUGGGCAGUGUGUAUAUAGUGAUAUAUCAUUGUGGGCAGUGUGUAUAGUAAUAUAUCAUUGUGGGCAGUGUGUAUAUAGUGAUAUAUCAUUAUGGGCAGUGUGUAUAUAGUGAUAGAUCAUUAUGGGCAGUGUGUAUAUAGUGAUAUAUCAUUAUGGGCAGUGUGUAUAUAGUGAUAUAUCAUUAUGAGCAGUGUGUAUAGUGACAUUAUAUUGACAGUGUGUGUAUAGUGACAAUAUUUUUUUUAUUUUUUAUUUUUGUUGUGCAGGUGAGUACAUAGCAAUGUCAACGCCACAACAGCGUAGUUAUACAUAAACUUAGGAUGUCCGUGGCAUGGUUAGUUAAGCACAUUUUUAUUUUAUAGAAGCUUCUGUGUCUAGUCUGCAGUGUCUCAGAUUUAGUAGCUGAGUUAAUGAGUGUAGUCAUACGUGUGUGCGGUGUGAUAGUGAGUUAGUUGAAGUGAGUAGCGUUGCGUGGGACAGAUAUGUAGCCUGAGGGGUCUAUUUUCUAGUAUGCAGGUAGUGGCUUGUCUGACUGUUAUAUCAUGGGUGAAAUAGUAACAAUAUAUUAUUCCUUUUUUAAUGUGGUGUAUAUAAUUUAUGACUGGCAACCUCAGUAGUAUAAUAUGGAAUAUGAAAAGAUCCCUUAUUUAUUUUAUUGGCUUGUAGUUUUUCAUACUCUAUUCAUUAAACUCAUUAAAAAGUCUAAUAUUAAUAAAAUUAUAGAAAUUAUUUAAUUUUUUUAACAUUUGGAGAGAAAAAAAAAAAAAGUCAUUUUCGGCUUAGGGCAUCUCGAAUUUUCCGUUCCGGCCCAGAAUUUUCACUUCGGUGCAUCCCUAGUUCACACACAGAGCAAGGUUAAGCCCGGACAUGCACAGAAGAGAUGUAUUUACUUAUGUGUAUAAUUUGCAAUAUUAUACACACUGAGAUUAUAUAUGUAAUCUUGGAUUUUCAAUAAAAAUAAAAUAGGAUGACAGUUUAUUUCGAUUACAAGUCAAUCUUGAAGGAGGAUAAUGCAUAUUUUUACCAUAACAGUAAAUCACUUUACUUUAUAAUGGUUUUUUUUUGAAGUGUUAAUAUGAUGACACAUCUUAGUUCAUCUUUAUUUGAAGAAAUUCAGUAAUAUAUGAUAAUGCAUAUAAUUGCUUCUGUAUGUAAAAAUGCAACUAAUUUUAGCUGCCUUUGUGUAUAGUUCUAGAAUGUAAAAGGGUUUAUUUUUUAUGGGUUUAUUCAGUAAUAAAAAAUAAAAAAAAUGUAGUGAUGGCAGACAAUUUGCUAAAUGUAGAUAUUAAUAACCUAUCUCCAUUUCAGACAAGGUGUAGAUUUUAUUUCAAGCUUGGCAAUAUCAGUGUAAUUUUAGCUCUUCGACUGUCAACUUCCCCAGCCUUCAUGGUGUAGUGAAUACGUAUUUUGAAGUGAGAACUACGUUAUGUUUAAAUGCUCCCAUGAUACUCCAUUCCCAAGUAGAGAUCUCAUAUGUUUAUAUUGGUGAAAUGUUUUCAAGUAUGUGUUCUCAAGACUCCGUCUACAGUCCAAGAGCACUGCAGAAUAUAAAUGUACCACGCAAAAAGAAAAAUAAGAGUUUGGAUUCAGCAUAUUGUAAUGAUACUUAGCAAUGACAUGGCCUCCAACAAUUUCCUUUAAAAAAUUGUUAUGGCAGACUAUGCUUGUUUUAGUGCUGGCAACGAUUUGUUCCUCUAGCAGCAGUGUACUAUGGCAUCCAUUUUUGGGCAGUUUUGAUAAGAAUGGCAAUGUACCGUACAUAAUUACAUAGGGAGCUGUAUAUAAAUUGCAAAAAUUGCCAAACUGAAAAAAUAUCAGAGUUAACGAAUUCUACCAAUGCAGCUAUUUAGCCUAGGAUUCCACAAGUACAAUGAGGCUACAGGCACAUUGUAACAACAGUCAAUAUUUAAUUUAUUAUUUUGCAGAUUGUGCGUGAAUAUGAACGCGCAGUUAUUUUCCGCCUGGGACGCCUCCUGCCAGGACGAGCAAAGGGACCAGGUAAUAAACAUGUACUGUUUCUCAAGUAAUAAAUCUAUUUUAUCUUGACGUUGAUGCAAUGAAAAUGUUGGAUUAUGAGCCAGCAUGCACAGUGCAAAUGAAUAACUAAUGCCAUGGUUUAACAAUGUGUAGUCUUACUCUAAACGUAAUAAUAAUAUAUUGCAGUGCAUGUAAUAACCGUUCAAGAAAUAAUGACCGGUUUAUGUCUGUGCCAUAAAUAUGUAUAUAAUUCCCUUGUCGCCAAGGAAGCGGUAAGUGUGUGCUUCGGCAGUGGUUGCACUCACAAAUAAUAAAGAAUUGAGUGCUGGGGGGAAUAAAAAACACUUAACUGGGUAAUGAAAAUUUAAUUAACCUGUUAAUCCACAUACCUUUUUUUUCUGUGCCAUAUUUCAUAGCAUACAAAGUUAAGUAAUCCUAAGAGACAAUAUAGACGGGAAAUAAAAUCUAUGUUUCCCUCAAACGAUGCGGUGUGAGUGUGAUAUAUAAUUUUGGAUAUAUGCCUCAGAGCAAUAGGAUUCCUUAAAUUAUUAUUAAUAUUAAAGUUAAGAUGGAGAAAUUACCUUUGAUUUUAACAGUACCCCACAGCGUGAAUUCUAGAUGGGACUAAACAUGAAUAAUUUUAAAAAUCAUCCAUGUGAAAUUUUUAAAUGGGGAACUAAAUCAAAUUUAGAUUUUGAUUCAAACGUUAAAAAAAAAAAUUUCCCCCUCAAUUCAUCAAAUCAAAAUUGAUGAUGUUGUAGAAAGGUAGCUCAGGAGUUUCACCAUCAUGUUUCAAGUGAGGUUGUUUAAAGUAAACAUGUCACGACAGAUUUAGGAUUGCAGUUUUCAUUUUUUUAAACUGAAAUUCUUUUUUUUUUUUUUUUUUAAAUACAUGGCAAACAAUUCAUAUUGUCAUAUUGUACAGUAUGGGUGUCCAACCCACGCUCGGGACCGCUAGCAGUGCGGCCCAGUUGCUGCCCACACUGCCGGGCAGAGGGAGGCAGGGGGUCCAAUCAGUGGGCAGCAGGAGGAGGAGUUCAGAAGUGCGCAGUAAGGCACUGUGCAUAUGCUCCGCCCUGUUUGUGCUGAGCAGUGUUUUCCGACACAAUGUGCGGACGGUGGUUGUCUGGAUCAACAGGGUGCAGUUGUGUUUUUUUUGUGUGUGCAAGGGUCUUGAGAGGGAGUAAGGUUUUUUUGUGAAUGGGUUUGUAGGGGGACAGAGGUUCUUUGCAGAGGUGGGGGCAGGAGUUUUGUGAAUGGGCGUACAGGAGGUCUGUUGGAGGUGGGCAAAGGUCUUGUAGAGGGGGUGAGCAGAGGUUUAUUGUAGAGGGGUGGGCUAUGUAUUGGUUUUUGUAGAAGGAUGCAGGGGAUUUGUAGAAGGGGGACUGGGCAGGGGUUAUAGAGGGGGAAGGUGUUUUGUAGAAGGGGUGUGGGGAGAUUAGAAGGGGGUCCGGGCAGGGUGUUGUAGUAGGCAAUGAAAAAGAAAAAUUAGGGGGAGGGGAGGGGGGGAGGGGAAGAGAGGGUGUUUUUUUACAUUUGAAUUGGGGGAGGGGGUGCCAAAAGCUCUAUGUAUGCCGCUGAGCCCAUUACAUUCUGUGCUCCUCCUGAGCUGUCUGCUGGUAUAUGACAUCAUCCUGGCAUCACUGCUGGGCGCGCGAGGGACCUGUGCAUGAAGAGCACAGAAGUCCCAAGCUCCAGCCGAGCAGCAACCACUGGCCAACAGUUAGAGGAUCCACUCCAGCGCUCCGAGAGAACGUUAGGGAGGCUGGGUAGACCUCUUUAGUAUUAAAUGUGUGUGCAUGUCAUUUUUGUGUAUGUUUUGUCAGUGAUUGGCUGUGUGUGGGAGGGGGUGUGCAGGGAUCUGUGGACAUGUCUGUGAUUGUGUGUGUACGUGUCUGAUUGUGUUUGUGUGUAUGUGUGUGGAUCUGUGAUUAUGUUUGUAUGCGAUUUUGUGUGUGUGUAAGUAUGUGAUUGUGUAUAUAGAUAUGUGAUUGCGGGUGGGUAUAUCUGUGUAUGUGUGUGGGGGUCUGUGAUUGAUUGUGUAUGUAUGUAUGUGCGUAUCGGUCUGUGAUUAUGUGUGUGUGUGUAUCUGGGGUUAUGUGUGCAUAUGUAUACACAUGUGUGUUUAGUAGAUCGCUCCCUAAUUUGAUAUCCUUAAAUAUGCCAAUCCCACACAAGGAUAACAAAUAAGGGAGUUAUCUACAAAACAAAUAAAAUAUAAAAAUUAAAAAAAGGGAUUUUUAUAGAUAUUAAUAUACAUCAUCUAUAAUCCAUAUUAUUCAUUUGAUGUGUGGCCCAAGACAAUUCCUCUGCGCUCAAUGCGGCCCAGGGAAGUCAAAAGGUUGGACACCCAUGUUGUACAUCUGAACAUAAAUUUUAACACAAAAUCAAAUAUUAAUUUUAAACUUAAACUUUGCAUCUUGUUAUUUUCUUCUUUUUUUUUUUUACCCUUUCUCUUUUCCCCUUUCCCUCUUUUUCCCUUAUUACAACCCAUUCUUUAGUCUACCAAUGUUUUUACCAUUUACAAUGCCAGUCUCGGCCAUAUCCCCGUUAGCUCCUAACCUCCUAUCAGAACAUACCCCCCAGAUUUUCAGGAAUACCAUUGUCGUUAGCUUGAUGUGCCAUAUAUUCCAUCUGGCAGGUAUAUUGUAACAUAUCUGACAAAGUUUUUAUAUUUGGAAUCUUUUUGCUUUCCAGUUUUUGGCAAUAAAAGCUUUCAAUGUCAGAAAAAGAAAAAAGAUAUUACCUUUUUUUAUGUAAACUUAUCGUGGUUAGGAAAUUAUUCAAGAUCGCCACUUCCAUUAGAAAAGGAAUCUUAAGAUUUAUUUUAGAUUCAAUGAAAUCACAUAACAUUCUCCAGAUCGGAGUAAUUUCCCUGCAUGACCACCAUAUAUAUAGGAGUCAACAUUCCAAUCUAGACGUUAUAAUAGGCAUUUAAUCCAAGUAGUCAACGUUUCAGUUCACAAGUGUGAAUGCCUAUUUUUUUCAUGCUGAAGUCCUUGAGUGCUGGCUUUCUUUUUGGAGACAGUAUUUAUGUGCAGCUGAGCACCGGGCCAAGAUCUGAAGGAGAGCUGGAGUGCAAAACUCCCAUCGUAUUGUAGCCGUUAUAAUUAGUGAUGUCCCGAACGGUUCGCCGCGGACUCAUCAUUGAGUAAACUUUGACCCUGUACCUCACAGUCAGCAGACACAUUCCAGCCAAUCAGCUGCAGACCCUCCCGCCUCCUGGACAGCUCACUAAGAAUGCAGCUUCACAAUGAAUGUAAAAUGGAUGCUGUCCAGGAGGUGGGAGGGUCUGGGAGGGAGGGUCUGCUGCUGAUUGGCUGGAAUGUGUCUGCUGACUGUGAGGUACAGGGUCAAAGUUUACUCAAUGAUGAGUCCACGGCAAACCGUUCAGGACAUCACUAGUUAUAAUAUAUAUGUGAUAAACGGACUGGAGUUAGAUACCACCUUAUUAAUUUUGUAAGAAAGUUUCACAUGGUUUGUUAAGCGUGAAAUGUUAGCGGUAAGGGGGGCGGAGUCUGACCGCCAAGCUGAACAGACGUGCGGGGAAAGAGCGCCUGUCGGGCGGGCAGGAAAUAAGGCAAUACCGGCAGCUACACAGCCCAAAGACCCACCAGGGUGCACUACCCACGUCAGGGGUGCAUCACAGAAUUGAUGACACAUCCCCCCGGUGGGAGACAUCCCGGUCCUCUCUAGACAAGCGGGCUGAAGCUGAAAGCGAGUGAUCGCGGCUAUAGAACUGGCAGAGGCACGAGUCAGCCGGAGCAUAUCCAAGACGGCUGCCCAACAAGGGCCAAAGAGAGGGGACACGAGCAACCAUUUACACCCUCACCCCUCAAGCCAUAGACUGUCUCUGCUCGAACUUCUACAUGACACUAUGCGACAGGGGAGUACCCUACCUUCAAGCGGCACGGGUGGUGGCCUCGUGGAUCCGGCACUGCAGGCCUUUAAAGCGGUCAUCCGACCACGUAAGCAUCGACAACCGCAACGGCGGGAAGCAGACUUCACUGUCCUGGCCACACGCACCCGCUCCCACAUACGUGGAAAUGAGACCGCCAGGCAACCCCAAAAUCCCAGCAACAUACCCGAGCACAGCAUCUCAGACCAGCAAGCCACCACGCGGCAAUCCAGGGCUGCAGCUGAACAUCACGCCGCGGCCCGGGAGACAACCAAGCAACAUCAAGCCGGAGAUGGACCCAUACCUGGGGAAUCCAUGCCGGUCAAUGAGACUGUCUCCCCAACAUGACCCACGUGCGGGUUCGGCUGACUCUGGGCUAGCCCGGUACCACUUCAUUGGGCACUGCAGACUCUCCUGACCCAAGAUGAGAAACAAGUUGUUAAUAUAAGUUGUUAAAAUAUGUUUUAAUAUGCCAUACAAACACCCUUUGUCUACCAGCUUAGUGCCUAAGGGCAUCUCUCGUGUCCCACAUGACACCCAAAGCUAGCGAGUUACUCACCACUCUCUAACUCUCACUGACACCCACAACUCUUAGCCUACUACAGGUACACUCUACAACCACUCCUGAAUUUUAAUGUUAUAGCACUCUUAUACCUAUAUGACAAAUUAUGUGACCCAAGCGGGUCUCACUCGCUGACAAAAAUCUGUUAACAUACUUAAGCUUACUUUGAUACUAACUGUUGACCAAUAUAAUAUAAAAAUGUGCAUGUCCAAUCUCUCACCCCAAAUGUAAAGUUUGACCAGUCGCUAGAGGAUUGCCGUUGGGGUACCUCGAACCAGAAUGUACUUAUCGUAUGCACUGCAAAAAUAAAAAAUAAAAACAUUUUUUAGUGUUAAAACGUACUAAGGAGAUCCAUUCUUCCGCCUUAAAUGGCCUACCUAUCUCUUUUUUUCUCAGCCUUUUCUAUAUGUGGGAUUGGCAGGGUAUGUAGCUGCAAUUAUAUUAUAGUAGCAUAUAGACGAUUUCCUUCCUUUUGGAGCUUGUGUAACAAUUUAAGGAAUUAUCUAACUCCAGCUCAAAGGAUAGGUUUAAAGUAACAAAAUAGUGUCUUAAAUAUUUAUAGAAAUCUUUAUGGUGGAUAUUAUAUUUCGGAAAAUGUCAGUAUCACAUCUCCAUUAAAUAUUUUUUUCUAUCUUGUCAAUCCCAUCUAACUCACAUUCUGAAAGAUCUAGAUCCAAGAUAAUCGUUUCCAAUGUUCCUUACGGGGCAUAUCGUGAUACUAGUCGGAGUUACAGUAGUUUCUGCUGUAAUUUUGCCCAUAUUUCCAGACAAUAAAUUGUUGUCUAUAAUAUAUAUUUUUGACAAAUGUAAUUUGUUUGGUGACCAGAGCAGUUGAGGCACUCUGCCUUUGCUCAGAUAGGAGUCUUCUGUAUCUACCCAUGCUAUUGACCCUUUUUCUGAGCAAAAUAGUAGCGAUUGAGCUAAAGAAGUUGCAACAGAGUAGUGUAUUAGGUUAUGUACUCCUAAUCCACCUUCCUUUUUGGUUUUCCAAAGUGUUGCUAUGGGUAUUCUUGUUUUUUUUUGUUAUUCGCAUGUACAAAUUGUAUUAUAAAUUUUUGUAUAUCUUUUAAUAUAAAAGAGUAGGGUAGAGGAGGGGGAUAGUUUGGAAUAAAUGCAAGAACUUUGGCAAGAUCAUCAUCUUAACGGACGCAAUACGGCCAAUCCAUGAUAUAAUAUACUUUCCCCAAUUUACAAGCUCUUUUAAUUUCCCCCAAAUACAUUUCAGGUUUAAAGUUGACAAAAGAGAUAGGUCUGCAUAUAAACGGAUACCUAAAUACUGAAUGUAUGUUGAUCUCCAAUCCAUUUUACAAUUUUAUUUUUUAAAGUUAGAUAUUUGAUGAUCAUUGAUAUUCAAUGGGAGAACUUGCGUUUUUUGAUUAUUAACCCUAUGGUACGAAACCUUACAAUAUUGCAUAAGAUUUUUUUGUAAGUAUUUUAUAGAUUGAUUGGGAUGCUAGUUAGUCAGUCAUCUGCAAAAAGUAUUAGUUUUUGUUGAGCCAUAUUAAAAAUGCAGAUUCCAGUUAUAUUUAUUUCUGUUCGAACUGCAAUUGCCAAAGGCUCCAGAGUCAGAGUUUAUAAGAUAGGAGAUAAGGGACAACCCUGUCCCUGUCUACAUCCAUUACUUAUCCCACAAUAAUAUGAUCUAGAUACUGAUAAAAGUACAGAAGCCGUGGGUUUUGAAUAUAAUGCUUUUAUAGCUUUUAUAAGUCCUAUUUGUAAACCAUAUUUCAUUAAAGUUUGGAACAAAAAAUCCCAAUGUAAGCUGUCGAGUGCCUUCUCAGCAUCAAGUGACAUGAGAAGGCAUUCGACCUUACCACUUUCCACCUCAGCUAUCAAAUUUAUUAUUUUUCUGGUUGCAUCUGAGGCUUGUCGACUUUUAUAAAGCCAACUUGGUCGUUUUUAUAAGGUGAAGCAAUAGAGGAGAGAUUCUGGCUGCCAUCAUCUUUGCAUAGAUUUUGUAAUCUGUAUUAAGAAGUAAGAUAAGGCGCAAAUUGUUGCACUACUUGGGGGUUUUCCCCGGUUUUGGCAGUGCAACAAUAUGUGCUUCUAAGAUCUCCUUUGGGAUUAUUUCUGAAGACAUACAUGAAUUCAAAAGUAAUAACAGAUUAGCUUUCAAAUUAUUAAAGUGUUGCUUAUAGUAUAAAGUUCCAAACCCAUCUGGACCCAGUGAUCUUCCCUGUGGCAUAGUUUUAAUAGCUUGUAAAAGCUCUCCUUCUGUAAUUGGCUCUUGUAAGGCCUGAGUUUCAUUAAUUAAUUAAUUUGAAUAUUAGAAAGAUAGAGAUUUUUUUUUUUUUUUUUUAGAGAUCGGUUGGUAUGUUUCAGGACAGUCUUUUAUAUUAUAGAGAGAUUAAUAAUAUUUUGAACAUUCCGACAUAACUUGUAUGUCGUAAAUCCUUUCUCCUUUCUCAUUCGUCAAAAAGAGUAUAGAAGUAGCCGCCUGUUUCUUUAGUUUAUUUGCUAAUAAGAAAGUUUAUUGCCAUUUGUAUAAAAUUAUUUUAACAGUUUCAUAUAUUCUGUUUUCUCUAGUUCGUCUUUGUUCUAAUUGAUUGUAUUUUUUUGUAUCAAGUUUUCUGAAGGUCUAAUUUAAUAUAAUUUUUAAAGUUCUAUUAGUUGGAUUUUUAAGUCCAUUAGCGCUUUCUUUUUUGUUUAGCUAUAUAUGAUGCAUGGGAUAUAAAUUUAUCUUGAAUAACUGCUUUGUGAGCUAACCACAAACCUUCUAAGCCAAUAAUCGGGGGUAUCGUUUACAACAAAAUAUUUGUUCAAUGCAUUAACAAUUAAGUUUCUAGUCUCUGGCCAUUGGAGUAUUUUAUUAUUCAUCUUACAAAAAAGGUCUUAAUUUUUUGGUCAAAGAUAAUUUUAACAGAAUUGGGCUGUGAUCGGACCAUGUUAGUGGUCCUACUGUUAUACUGAAAUUAUAGAGAACAGAGCGAUUGACAAAAUAAUCUAAGAGUGUAUAUAUAUAUAUAUAUAUAUAUUUUUUUUUUUUUAUGUACAUGAGAGUAAUAAGAGUAGUCACGCAAGCCUGGGGUUAAAACCCUCCAUGCAUCAAGAAGGGGUUUUUUUGACAAUCUUUACUUUUCAGAAAAAAUAAUGUAACAUUAGUCAGUCUGGAAAAGAACAUUUAGUCCGAAUGAACAACUUAGUGCAGAUUAGGUUUUGCUCCAGCAGCAACAUUGACCCGUCUGUGGGUUUUCUCUGUUGAACCCUCUAUCAUGUCUAGUGCCUACAGGUACUUAGCGCUCUUACGAAGCUAGGAUUGAGUCCCGGGUCUUUGCAGCGUCUGCCGUCUCGGGCUCUGUCUGAUUUAGACUGCGAUUCUAACUGUCCGUGUAUCAUACGCUGUCCCUGGGAUACUUUCCCGGUUUCUUUCGUAGCCGUCAAGGGUUAUUUCUUAGGUGUACUACGCUACUUAGGAUGCUAUGUGUACAAUUGGACCCGGUUAUUUAAUUCACGGUUCCCCGGUUUGGAUCUAUCGACCUAAGCCGAAUCUUCCCCAUUGCAUACUGUGGUGCUAACUGACGUGCUGGUCGUAUGGGAGGUUGCCUGUGUGUCUCAGGUACAGAAUGGGUAUCCGUACAACUUGGAGGCAGUCUAACAACUGUAGGUGCGGUGCUCAGGGUAAGUUGCGUGAGCUUUGGGGUGUUAACGUUUGUCUGGGGUCUAGUGAUCCCGUGUCUCAAACCUGUCUCUGUGCUACCGGCUGAGUCAAGUUGUCCGUCCUGGAUUGCACCAGGUCCAGGUGGGGCGGGUAGGUUGUCCAGGUGUGUGUUAAGUCUUUCAGGUGUCAGUUUUGGUCGUGGGGGGACCUGUCUGUUGUCUGUGUGUGGUUUUUGGAUAGGUUGCGUCUGUGCCUAUGGGGUGUAAGGUGCUUGUCGUGAUGUUCUGCGCGUUUCAGCUAAGUUGGCUCGGGGGCCACAGUUCUAUCCGCCACGUAUGUGGUCCAUGGAUACCAGGUCAAUGCACACCGCUCCGGUCUCCCGUGAAGGUCAGCCAUCAGGGUUUCCAUUGAGUGUAUGUCCUCCACUGCCGCCACCCAUUGCCCCAAGGUGGGCGCUCUUGGCUGUUUCCACGUCCUCGGGAUGAGGGAUUUGGCGGCAUUGAGCAGCGGCAGCUCUAGGGAUUUUUUGUAUGCUUUCAGAGGGCUUCGGGUGUGGUGCUGUAGCAUCGGUAAGGGUGCCAGGGGUAUAUCGGCGCCUGUGAUUUUGUUGAUCUCUCCUCUAAUUUGUUCCCAGAAAGGGGUAAUUACCGGGCAUGACCACCACAUGUGGAUAUAAGUGCCAGGUUGUGUGCCACAUCGCCAGCAUAUGUCUGACGUGGUAUCGUGCAUGCGGUGCAGUGCGUCGGGCGUUCUGUACCAGCGUGUUAGCACUUUAUAGUUUAAUUCCUGAAAUUUCGAGCUAAUAGAGCAUUUGUGCGUAAGGGUGUAAAUCUUGUCCCAUUCUUGUGCAGUGAGUGUCUCUCCCGCAUCCCUCUCCCAGUGGUCCUUGAACCUAAGCUCCACGUCCCUGUUCGUCCGGGUCGAGAGUAGUGUGUACAGGGUUGAGAUACCCCUGGAGAUGUGUGUGCGGUGCACACAUAGGGUUUUGAAGUCAGUUAAGGGUCUGUGUAAGUGCCCCUUACCCGACAGGGAUGAGUAGUAUGAUUUUAUUUGGCGGUACCUGAACUGUUCUAGGAUUGUUGGUGUUCUGUUGGGGCAUAGUUCCCCGAGUGUUUUGAGACCGUUGGUGCUGAGCCACUGGUGUAUAUAUGACCAGUCCGUAGGUUGAAGUCCGGCUAAGUCACCGCGCGUUAGCGUGUCUGCCAAGUCCGGGUUAUGUAUGAUGGGGGGGUCAAGCGACUGGGUGAAGUGGUAAGUUAUAGGCAGUAUCGGGUUGCCAUCCAGACCCUCAGGGUGGCGUCUAUUAAGGGGUUUUGGGUUUGUAGGUCUGCGUAUGUGGCCGUGUAUAGCCAUAAUGUGGGGGUAUAUGCCCUCCAGACUGUUCUAAUUCCAUUGUGACCCAUUGUUUCGUGGGAUGUUGCGCAUGCCAGUCUGUGAACCUGUGUAAGUGUGCGGCCCGGUAGUACGUCUCUAUUGAGGGCAGGCCGGCUCCCCCCAACGGUUUUGGCAGUUCCAAAGUGGUUCUCUUGAUGCGUGUUGGGCGCGAGUUCCAGACAAAUCUGCGGAUGGCGGCCAUCAGGGAGCUAAAAAACGCCCUGGGGACCGAGAUCGGCACCGCCUGGAAUAAGAGCAGUCUGGGUAGUAGGUUCAUUUUGACUGCAUUAAUGCGUCCGAACCAAGAUAUAUAUUGAGGGGCCCAUUUUCCCGUGUCUGCCUGGAUCGUUUGUAGCAGCGGGUGGUAGUUUUGGUAGUACAGUUGGGCCAUGUCUUUAGGUAACCAUAUGCCCAGGUAUUUCAAUUUAGUGGGACACCACUUGAAGCGGAAUUGGGGCAUCAAGAAGGUUUUGUUCCUGCAUUAUGGUUCCAAAUCUCAUACUUCUUUUAUGAGCUGCUUUUUCUGCCUUAGGAGUUUGGAAAAAGUCUGGAUCCAUAAUAAAGUUAAAAUCUCCACAUAUAACCAAUCUAGUAUGUCUUUGUGUAGAAAUUUUCCGGAGUUCCCUUUCUAAUAUCUCAAAGGGGUUCUGUGGGAGUGAAUAAAUAUUAGCUAUUAAGAUUUUCUCAGUUUACAAUACGCUAUUAAAAUGACCAAAAGGGACUUCAAAGUGAAAUAAGAUUUGAAAAUGUAAAUUAUUUUUAAUGGACCACUUUAGUGCCAGGAAAACAAACUUGUUUUUCUGACACUAUGUAGUUCUUAAAUCCCCCCCCUCACCCUCAUGGCUCCCCUCCCCUGGCGCUGGGGGACUCUCCUCCUCCUGCCAACAUCAGCGCCCAUUGUAAAGCAUUACUCAAUGCUUUCCUAUGGACGCCAGCGUCUUCUCACUGUGAUUUUCACAGUGAGAAUCGCAGAAGCGGCCCCUAGUGGCUGUCAGUGAGAAACAGUUUCUCACUGACAGCCACUGCUGUUUUCAGCUGCAGGGUUAAAACUAGAGGGACCUGCCAUCCAGACCACUUAAUUGAGCAGAAGUGGUCUGGAUGCCUAUAGUGGUCCUUUAAAGAUCAUUGUAGUGCUAAAUUUUUUUAGUUCUGUUUGACGAAUGAAACAUGGUGGAAAAAAAAAUUAUUUUUGAAAUAAGGGACUUUCCCUUUAGCAGAAAUGGGUCUCAUAUUCUGCUGCUGUCUCCCAUAAUAGCCUGCGUUUAUGCGAAGUAUUGAGUCAGCAGGCAUUAAUUGACAAUAUGAAAAAAGCAAACGAACAAAGCCCAAUGCCUAAAUCAGGAGUAGAUAUUGACAUUCACACAUAAAUGGGAUAUUAUAUUAUAUAUAUAUAUAUAUAUAUAUAUAUAUAUAUAAAUAAUACAUUAAAAAAUACAAGAAACGAGGGGGUGGGGCCUGACUGGCAGGCUGAGCAGACGCAUGCAGGACGAGCUCCUGACCAAAGCCUGCAAACUAAGAAUUCUCCCGCAUGCUACCUCAGCCAAACCACCGCAAAACCAGCUUGGGAACACUCGGGAAACCCGAACGGUACCAAUCUCGAUGCUGUCCUGACUGGGGGGGGGUUAAUCCCGGUCCCAGGAGACCACACACCGCUCCUCCAUAGCGGCAAAGAGCUACUGCACGCGAGAGUCCCACGCGGCUCCAAAAAUGCAGCGCCCACAGGCGACACCCUCUUUGCCUCGACCCUGAGUAAGCUGGAUGAAAUACUGGGCGAAAAUAGAAGAGAGACAAAAGCAUGUACACACCUCGGAGGCAUCAGUGACUUGCAAACCUUAAACCCCCUCACCCCCCCCGACGCAAAGAAAACUGAGGCACCAGAGAACCCGACUACCUGCAAAGCAGAGGCCCUGGAGCCGAGGUACAACUAAGCACCCAGGGCCCAACAGCCAGAAGGUAAAACCUGCAGCCAACUGGGGCCCAGCUAGGGUGCAGAGACUAGGGACUUUGAACAGCCUACCUCCACAAAAUAGCACCAGCUACGCAGGUGAACUGCCUGAACACCUAUGCAACACAUGCCUCUCCACGGGGAAUAUACACCCGACAACCCAGCAAGCUCUCACUAAAUCAGGAAUCGGAUGAAAGGGCAAGAACUCAAGGAGGCAUUUACAUGUCUCACUUACCAAGCGGUGGACUCCUGUAUUCAGCGUAAUAUCAGUUUAAUCUUGCUUCAGACAUCUCCUCUUGUUUAUUUUUCUUUCGCCCAGCAUAGCACAAUUAAAUAUAAUAGCAUAGACCAGACAUACUGUAUCAGACAUAAAGAUAGGAGUGGUUAGCCAUGUUUUCUUAUGCACUGUACUAGCCUGACCGCUAACCUUAAUGUGACUACUGGGUGAAACACAUCUGUGAACCAAUCUACUGUUCUCCUUUGUUUUUAUAAGCUUAAGAUAUUAUCCUGUUUACAUAACUACGUUAAAAAAAAAAAAAAGUGUGAUGUCUUUAAUGCCAUAUGAUUAAGCGUGAAUACCAACCUGAUUGCACCAGCUAUUGUGGCAGUGCAAAUCCACAUGUUAAACCUCUGCACGAACAAAAUAAAGAAUUUAAAAAAAUAAAAAAAUACAAGGAACAGGGGUAGAUGUGCUAAGCAGUGAGUAUUAGAGAGUUGGUGCUGUACAAGAGAUAUUAUGUCUUGUAUACUCAAAAUACCAGCCUUGAUUGAUAUAGCAGAUAAAUGAUUAAGAACUCGGUCCAAAAGGUUUACAAUGUAUCAGUAUAAGUCCAAGCUGAGCAGGAAACCUCCUAUGGGCACAAAGUCUGGGAUCUCUUCUGCUUAUCUGUAAACACCAAUAAUAUACUGAGAUAGUUCAAUAGCCCAGAAAUGAUUAGCUUAAUGAAGUGGUCUGGGUGCCACGUCCCUCUGGGAUUAACCCCUGAUUAUAUAUAGGGGUUAAUCCUAGAGGGACGUGGCACCCAGACCACUUCAUUAAGCUGAAGUGGUCUGGGUGCCUAGAGUGGUCCUUUUAAGAGCUAAUCAUUUCUGGGCUAUUGAACUAUCUCAGUAUAUUAUUAACAUAAACACAGCAGUUUCAGAGAAACUGCUAUGUUUAUAAAUGGGUUAAUCCAGCCUCACAGUGGCAAAAUCCAAAAUCACAGUGAGAAGACGCCAGCGUCCAUAGGAUGCUUUCCUAGGAGACAGGCUGAAUGCGCGCGCAGCUCCUGCCGCGAAUGCGCAUUCAGCCGAAGAGGAGGAGAGCUCUCCGCCCGGCGCUGGAGAAAGAGGUAAGAUUUAACCCUUUCCUCUCCCCAGAGCCCGGCGGGAGGGGGUCCCGGAGGGUGCCAGGAAAACGAGUAUGUUUUCCUGGCACUAUAGUGGUCCUUUAAGAAGGCCAAGUAUAAAAGUCCUUGCUAUCAAACAGCCAAGGAACUUGGCUAUUGAGCUACUCUAGUAACUAACUAGAAUCCAUGUAGAUAAUAAUCUGGUACACAAAAAUGGUAACCAGGUAAGAGGUAUAUAAGGAUCAGGUAUGAGGUAUAUAAGGAUCAACAGGACUACAAUGGUAUCUAAAAUAAUCACUUUAUUCCAAUGAAAGAGUAAAGGUAAAAUAUAUAAAAUGCAGACACACAAUUCUCUGGGUGCAGAUAUCACUUGAAAAUAUAAAGUAUAAAAUCAAAGUCAAUCACAAAGGGGUGUAGUGAGAUAUGCAGUGUAAAGUCUCUAUACGCUUUGUGCUGUGCCAGCAGCACAGACAGCUAGAGAGUCCGUGAUGCUGUUUUGGCUGUUGGACAAUUUGUUCAAGGUAAUUAAUGAAUAGCUUUUUUGAGUUCCGUACAGUAUAAAUAACGUAAGGCAUUUCAACUUAAAGAUAUACAUCUUAACAAUCCUCUUACGCCAAUGUUACUGUUAUUACGGUACGUUAUUCACUCAUAACAGGAUGCAAAAAAAAUAGACAUACUAAAUUUACACCAAUAAUCACAUACACAGAAAAAAUUAUGUGCAACUGUAUUAUAGUAGCAUUUGUGAGUAUCACCUCUGACCCUUUUAUUUUGGGUCCUUGAUUCUCAAUGUUUGGAAACUUAGGUAAUACCAUUUGUCUCCUUGAAGCAUUGGGUGAAUCAUAAUAUAAACUUAACCUAUAAAGUUACUCUAUGGUGUUAUUUCCUCUUUUUUUAUCCUUCUUUACCUUUCCUUAUCGCUUCCCAUUCACUUCCGAUACUUUUCCCCUCUUUUGCCCCACCUCUUCAUUACAUAUUUACAAGGCUGCUUCUGGUCAAAGGUGGUAAGUAAUGCACCAUUAAAAUUAUUACUCUUAACAGAAGGUGCAGAGGGAAGCUAGACAGGAAUAAGAGUAGUAAUCAAAGGCAGGCACAGGAGUGACUGGCACAGACCGUCUCGAGCUAAGGAGAGUCCACACUAGCACUCACAUACGCGGAGCAACCCCAGCAAUAUACCGAGAGAUGCUAGAGCAACAGGUAACGCAAGCAGAAUAAAUGGGGGAUGAGAGGAGAGGAUGCACUCUUGAUGAGCAUGCAUGGCCUGAUGUCUCCGGUUGAUCACAGGGAUAAGAACACAGAUGUAUAUGUUAGCUGACCCAGGUAUGAAGAUAGCUUAACAUGAUUUAACUUAUGUGGCACUAUGAUAACAUGACAUGCUUUUACAUAUGUAAAUGUAAUAUGUUUCAGCCAAGCAGCGGAUCUGCACAAAUCUAAGCACAAGAGGUCGCACAGGCUAUGUUGACAAUGUGCGUAUGGUAUUGCACUUUAACCUUGUCUUGCACGGUAACUAAGAUUUUCAAUAAAAAACAGACAUGAAAAAAAAUGAAAUUACCCUUAGUGAGAAAGAGAAAGGGGAGAAAAAAAUUGGGGGAAAAAAGAGAAAAGUUUAUGUCUUCCUCAUUCCUUCUUCCUUUUCAAUUUAUAUCUUCUCUGUUCUUCCCACUCCUGUGUCUCUUUAUCUUUUACUUUUCCUUCUUACAGUUUUUUAAGAGUAGAUCUUAAAUAACAUCGAGAGAUACCUCCGAAGGGCACAGGGUGCAUGCGGGCCGCCGAUACCGAUGACUACUCUGACUCCUCGGAGGAGAUGCUGCAGGGCAGAGGAGCGGUGGAUAUGCUGCACUCACUGCAGUCUUUUCGGGCCCCAGGGAGCUUGGGCUCGGCACGUGUGACAGUGGUCACACUGAAGGAGAUGCUGAACGAUCUCCAGAAAACACUACAGGCAGACAUGGCCUCGCUCCGGACUGACCUUACAGGCAUGAUCGGUAGGCUGACAACAGUGGAGACAGUGACCAAAAAUCACACCAAGUCCCUCGAUUCCUUAGGCACGGAGGUAAAAGCCCUAAAGCGACAGCAAGCUACUUUGGAGCAACGCUUCACACAUAUGGAGAAUGCCAGAAGCUGCACGAAUCUUAAAGUGCGUGGGCUCUCGGAGGAGAUACCUAAUUCGAAGCUCCCGCACUUCAUGAGAAGACUGGUGGAGUCCCUCCUGCAGCCCAAACAGACAAAAAACCUUACCUUUGAAGGAGUAUUUUGGAUUCCGAAACCAAGAGGAACCCUGGAAAAAGCCACUUGAGAGUAGUGGUACGGUUUCAAACCCUCAGGGACAAAAUGUUGGUACAAACCGCUCUGACAGGGGCUUCUACCCACGUCUUUGAAAACAUGAAACUCACAUUCUAUGCUGACCUCACAGGAGAGGCUAUGGAUAUGCAGUGGAGGAGGUCCCUACAACCAAUUACGAGCCUACUCAGAACCCAUGACAUUCGAUAUCAAUCACCGAGAAUACUCCAUGUACAAAGAGGAGAGGCAACCAACCCGGUACAAACCUUACAACAAACAGCUGACAUACUGGACACCCUGGGCCUCCCAAGGGACUCCUCAUUGACCACAACGAAGAGGACCUCUACAGCUCAGUUCCCACGAGAUUUGACACGGGCUACAUUGUCCAAACCAUCAAAGGCACGCUUCAAUAUCCCGGCAUUAGCCCCAACCUGAGGCACAGGGAUAGCUCCCUGGAUAACAAUAACAGAACACUAUCCUCUAACUACUAGACCUCCACCUGGACACUAAGUUAAAUAGUGCCUGGCACCCUGUAGUUUUUCCUGUUUUGGUUAUCUGACUAUGUUUCUCAUUGUUUUUCUUUUACGCAUACAAGUUGCAAAGCUAGGCUAUAUUUCUUCCUUCCACUUACCGACCAAGCGGAGGUAACCCGCAUACACAGCGGCUCAGAACCCUCCGCCUCUGCCCCCUCAUAACAACCAGGGGGAGCAACAGAGGCGAAACUAACCCCUAAGGCUACUAGCCUACCACAUAAUGAACCCGCACGGCCACUAAGAACUGAGUACAGGUAGGGACACUAGCACAUAGUUCCAGCAUUUAGCCCUCAGCGUGUUACACAUACAUUUUUCUGAUAGUCCCUACUAUUUGACACUCCCCGCAUCACACAGUAUAUAAUAAUUGGUCUUCUGACCUUCUACCAGGGGCCCCCAAAUUCACGUGCAUACACGCAGAAGGCUAUGCACCCCACGAAUAGGGAUACUUACCGAGCAACCGGGGAACACUCAGGUCACAGACCAUACACACAUGAUGGAACACCCACACUAGAGUAUUGCGAUUGCUUACACCCAUAAAAACCCCCAGCUCACCAGCCAGCCUAUUACCAGAUGUCAUGUAGACAAUGUUGUGUUCAACUGGAUAUUCUCUACCUGAAAAUGUUUUUCUCUCUUCUGGGCAGCACUUUAUUAUCAACCACUUUUAGUAUCUGAUCUUUUUCUCUUUUCUUCCUCCUUCCCCUUUUAACUUCUCUCUCCCCUUCUCUUCUCCCUUUCUGGGAAUUGCAAUGUGACCACCAUCUGCUGACUUUUGACACUGGCAUACCUAAGACCCGCCUCAGACUUUGCAACUCACUUCACUGACAAGAUCUCUACAAUCAGAGAAGAGAUCUCAGAUCUUUAUUCUUUCCAUUACAAUACUUCCCCUAACUUCAUUCCCUCUGCUGUUCUAUGUUCAUUCGCACCCGCUACAUUGGAAGAGGUUUCUGCUCUGCUCCAGUCCUCCCGCCCCACCACCUGCUCCCUAGAUCCAAUUCCCUCGCAUCUCAUCCGUACUCUGUCUUCUCUUUCUCCACCUCUCACUAAAAUUCUCAAUCUCUCUCUCUCCUCUGGUAUAUUUCCAUUGCCCUUCAAACAUGCAACUGUAACCCCAAUUCUAAAGAGGCCCAAUCUUGACCCUAACUCCCCAUCCAACUAUCAUCCUAUCUCGCUACUGCCUUUUGCAUCCAAGAUCCUUGAAAAAAAAAUUGUGUAUGCGAGAUUGACAGACUUCGAGUCCAACUCUCUGCUAGACCCGCUUCAGUCUGGUUUCCGCGCUGAGCACUCUGUGGAAACCGCACUGACCAAAGUAUCCAAUGAUCUACUCGCUGCAAAAUCUCGUGGUCACUACUCUAUCCUAAUUCUCCUUGACCUAUCUGCGGCUUUCGACACUGUUGAUCAUCAACAGCUUCUUCUCAUCCUCCACAAUAUCGGUCUACAGAUAUUGCUUUCUCCUGGUGCUCCUCCUACCUCUCCCAGCGCUCUUUCAGUGUUUCUUUCUCUGGCUCUGCUUCUUCUCCCCAACUCCUCUCUGUUGGUGUCCCCCAAGGUUCAGUCGUUGGUCCCCUACUGUUCUCCAUCUAUACUGCCUCCCAUGGUAAACUCAUUAGCUCCUUUGACUUCCAAUAUCACUUCUAUGCAGAUGAUACACAAAUCUACCUGUCUUCUCCUGAUCUCUCCCCGUCCCUCUUGACUAGUGUCUCUGACUGGAUGGCUUCCCACUUCCUUAAACUAAACUUGACCAAAACUGAAAUUCUGGUCUUUCCUCCCUCAAGUGUUGUUACUCCUGUGUCUGUCUCCCUCCAAGUCAACAAUGCUACCAUCAGCUCCACCAUGAAGGCUCGCUGCCUAGGUGUUCUCUUUGACUCCGACCUCUCCUUCAAGCCUCAUGUUCAAUCUAUUGCCAAAUCCCGUAAUUUCCAUCUCAAAAACAUUGCGCGCAUCCGCCCCUACUUAACGCCAGAUGCGACUAAGGUGUGGGUCCAUUCCACUGUCUUUCCUCGCCUUGACUACUGUAAUCCGCUUCUCAGUGGUCUUACGUGCUCCCAACUAGCGCCGUUACAGUCCAUAAUGAAUGCGGCGACGAGGCUCAUCUUUCUGUCCGCCCGCACCUCCCAUGCCUCACCCUUCUGUCAGUCCCUACAUCGGCUUCCUAUAAAAUACAGAGCUCAAUUUAAAAUUCUGGUUCUUGCUUUCAAAUCUCUACAUAAUGCUGCUCCCACCUAUCUAUCCUCCCUUAUACACAAGUAUGUCCCGUCUAGGCCCUUACGAUCUGCUGAAGACUUACGUCUAUCUUCUGUCCGUACUCCCACCUCUGAUGCUCGCCUUCAAGAUUUCUCGAGGGCUGCACCUUUCCUGUGGAACUCGCUUCCCUCCUCCGUUAGAUGCUCACCCAGUCUCCACUCCUUCAAAAAAUCGUUAAAAACCACUUCUUCAUAAAAGCGUAUCAAUUAAACUGUUAAUAGCUCCUGACUGAUUCAUCUUCUGCAACUGUCACUAGUCUAAUACUAUCCUUACAUUUUACCCCACCCCCUCUAGCAUGUAAGCUCAUUGAGCAGGGCCCUCAACCCCUCUGUUCCUGUGUGUCCAACUUGUCUGGUUACAACUACAUGUCUGUUCGUCCACCCAUUGUAAAGCGCUGCGGAAUUUGACGGCGCUCUAUAAAUAUCAUAAUAAUAAUAAUAAUUUAGGGGGAUCUCUUUUUUUUUUUUCUCUCUCUAGAAGAAAGCUGUAAGUUUUUCCCGAGUUUACCUCUCCUCUGCUUUAAGGUAGGGGAUUAACAGUAAUACAGUAAAAUGGAAACUGGUUAAUGAGUUGUUUACUCUCCAGGUUUUUUUUUUUAUCAGGUAUUCAGGAACAUAAAUCAGUUACGUAAAUAAGUAGCUUGUUAACUUAUUAACUCUAAAUAUCUUGAGGGAAAGUUAACCUUAUAGUUUUCAUAACUCACAGAUAUUGAUGUGUGUCUUCAUAGGGAAAGCGAGUGGAAUGAUCCUAGGCACCAAAUAUUACCUUGCAGUAUACUCCGUCAGCCUCACGCAGCGGUAUGAGCCACGCAGGGCUGCUGGAUACGCAAGAUCACUUUAUUUCCGGAGUCCACAGGGAAUAAUCCUAAGAGCCAGUAUGACAGCUCAAUGUCGGUAGCAGGUAUUACCUGCCUGAUUUUUUUUGUGUUCUGACCGUAGCAGUUCGUAAAGCCGCUAUCGCAGUGUAAAUCUCUUUUCCCCAGAUCAGAUCCACUCGUGCUACAGGACACUCCCUUGCCUCAACCGGCUUGCCGUAGGCUUCCGGCGUGCUACGUCAUCACGUCAGAAUUGCAGUUUUCUAAUCAUCUGGCUUGACUCAUUUUAUACAAUGAAGUGUUUCUUCCCUUAAUACUAAUAAAAGCUAUUUUUUUUUUUUUUUACAUUUAUGUUCACUACCCCUGUCUCCAGCUGAGAGCAUCAAGAUCAUGUAAGACACACCUCUCAUGCAUUCCCCGGUUUGGGAAUCACAAGCUUGCUCCCCAUAAUAGGUUAAAAGUCUGCUCCAUUUUCAGAAUGCCAGUUUAAAACUGCUGCAAUUAAUCGUUCCGGCUAGUUCUCUCCUCUCUCUGUAAUGCUGCUGCUUUCACACAGAGCCAGCCCUCCUCCAUACUUCUCCUUAUAGGCAUUACUUUCCAUUAGGCUGAAUUUAAACAGUAGAGACGCCCAGUGGAGGGCUUCCCUGAUAUCAGCAAUGCAGAGCACAUCCUUCUUAUGCACAGACUGGCCUGACUGAGGGGAGGACUGACACACACACACAGCCUGCAUGAAUAAAAUGGGGUUUCCGUUUCAGUCAGAUGAAAAGCCUAAAAGACCAGGUUAAUGUCCCUCUUCACUAGUGAUGGAGCAACCAAAUUUUUUUAAUUCGGUCAUAAAGGAUUUUUUUUUUUUUUUUUACACUUGGGAGAUGGGCCUAAUACUAAUAGGAACUCCUUGCUCAUUGUGCUAAGAGGGUUUUCAGUAAAUAAUAUUAAAGAAACUGUGAUUACAUCCAGACUGCCAAAAUCAAAUAACAUCACAACUGUUUAGUGAAACUGUAGGGCUCACAAGUACCGAACUGGAGCACUUAUUCUGAAGUCAUCAGGAACAAUUGAAACAAGCUGGAAUACCUUUAAUAUGGCCAGGUGACCUGCUUUUAUACAAUUUGGAGUCACAGUAAACACGCCCAUGACACUUCCAUAGAAAACAGGAUAAUCCCUCCACUAUGCCUGGGAGAUAGUUGAGUCAGGAAAUGUACAAAACUCAAUUAUAUCCAGGCACAAAAAAACACACAUUUCACAAAAGUACCUUAAAAUUACAUAAAAACACCACAAAGGUUAUAUCCCCUGAUAGCCCCGAUCUGGGUGACCAACAUAUCCAAAAAUCACCCAGAUCGGUUCAGGGAUUCAGGAAUUUCCUGGAAGUCUUAAUUUGACUUACCGCACACGAGCCACCUGCCCAAAACAGUUCCAUUGGAUCAGGGCUAGUGGUCGGUCUAGUUUGGUAGUUUAAAACCGAACAUAGUUAAUAUUCUGACCCUGGAACUUGUUCCCCUUGUUCGUGGGCACGUUUCCACCGAACAGUGUCUAAGUGUUGUAAAAGUGAACACAGGCAAUCAUGGAAGUCCAGCGGUGUUCAGGAGUUUCAGUGUCCAAAAAUAGUUCCAUGAACUUGACAACCAAACACCGCUGCCUGUGUUCACGCGAACAAGAUGGCCCCCCACCUCGUGGUCGUCCACAGGAAAUGCGGCUACCCAGACGAACACUUAGAACACUGCGGUGGAAAUUGCUACAAAGUAGCAAUUAGGCUUAUCAAGCUCCCAGGUGGUCUCAAGUUCGUACGGCUGUUCAUUUACCGAACCAUAUAGUCCAAAUACACAAAUGGAGACUUUUCAUUGUAUAUUACAGGGCCCAUAGUCUGUGUGUAGGUGACUGGCAAGCAAGCUCCUCCAAGAGCUCGUGGCAAACUCAUGAGGAGAGGGGAAUUUGUCACAGUCACAAAUGGAUAAACUUGGUCAAUGCCAGGACCUAUCAGAAUUCAAAAUUAUUGUCUGAACAUUAUUCAGAGUGGACCUGCAUUUGAUUCUGGACUGCCCAUGUUUAAGGGACCAGUCUGAUUUACUAAUGGAAAGUCAAAAGGUUAUCUUGAUGUUUCUUACUGUGUGAAGAGACAUAUCGUACAUACCUUAAUCACAAGUCUAAAUACAGACUGAAAGAAGCAACUGGGCUACUUUUAUUUGGUACAUAUUGAACAUCAGGGAUCUGACUCACAAUUUGGUUCUGGUGGGACCAGUCUGAUAUGUAGCUGGUACAGAUUUCUUCUUUAAUGGUACAAGUGAAAUAAAACUGAUACAAUAUGUUUACCUCGAUCCCUAGGUUCUGAUAGGGAAUAUACAUUAUACUAUUCUCUUCCUCAGGUCUCUUCUUUUAUCUUCCCUGUUUGGACAAGUGCCACAAAUUGGACUUGCGUCUGAAGACAUUUGAGGUUCCAUUUCAUCAGGUAAAUCCUCUAUGAACUUCAUGCUAUAUAUCCUCCACUAACACUUGUCUGUCUGCUUGUUUUUAUUUCUUUUCCUGAGUUGUUUUGUAUCUUCUCUAUAAAGAUUGUGACUAAGGACCUUAUAACAUUGGAGAUUGAUGCUGUCUGCUACUACCGAUUAGAAAACCCUUCUCUUUUCAUGACCAACGUGAGCACUAUAUCUACUGCUCUCCAACUCCUGGUCCAAACUACAAUGAAACGCCUUCUGGCACAUAAAGCAUUUUUGGAUAUCUUGUUGGAGAGAAAGACCAUUGGAGAAGAAGUAAAGGUCAGAGUCUAGGUUUUACCAGUGGAUUAUCUUUUAUGUGAUUAUGAUUACACAGGCUCAAACUACAUCCACAACAUUAGUAGAAAAAACUGUGGACAUAACCUUUAGUAGAUACACUGUACAAAUGUGAACAUUAGUUUCAUCUUGGAUAAAGUGGGGGUCAUUUCCAUCCUACACUUAUGGGGAGAGGUACAAUCAUCUUAUUAUAGAAGGUAUAAUCAUAUUAUUUAAUCAUUUCACACACACACACAUUUAGGGGGUUAAGCAAUCCCAAUGAAGUUGUUAUGGUGUCCAGAGUGUUCCUUUAAUAGUUUUACACCCAUGGGUAAAAUGCUCAGCAGUAAUUUUGAAGGGGGCAUGAUCUGUGUCAAAGAUUCAGGUAGCAAUAACCGCACUAUUUAGACACCAUAUCUGUUGUGACAUAUUUGCUUUGUUGUAGGUGGCAUUGGAUGCAGUGACUUGUAACUGGGGGAUCAAAAUGGAGAGAGCUGAAAUGUAGGUAUGAUAAGUAAUAAAGUGUGUAAGGCACCACCUUUUUUAAUAAAUAGAAUAUGCAGUUAACCUAAUUGCCAUUCUAUUUAAUAACUAGAAUAUGCGGUUAGUAUAACACAACCCUCAUUGUCUUUCUUUAACCCCUUAAGGACUAAACUUCUGGAAUAAAAGGGAAUCAUGACACGUCACACAUGUCAUGUGUCCUUAAGGGGUUAAUGAUCUAUAGCAGGGGUGUAAAACUGUGGCAACACAACUCCCUCAAUAUUAUGCCAGACAGGGCUAGUAUGCAUUUUUGUAAAAUGUAGUUAGACUAGUUAGAAUAUAGCUAUUCCAUAUGGAAAACAACCAUUUAAGCCAUUUAAUUAACCAUGUUUAUAAAAGAUGCACUGUGCUUCAUAAAACUUUUGUUUACACAGCAGGUUUUAGAUGACAUGGGGAUGGAGCCACACAAUGUGACUACGCAUUUUAGUGAACUUCCUGCUCAAUUCAGUAAAGUCCCCUCUAAGACUUGCUGUGCUAAUUAACACAUUCAUUACAUGCAUUACUGCAUGGCUCUAUCAGUGACCUGCCAUGGAUUCAGCCCUACCUCUCUCUUGCUGUCUUUGCAGUAAGGACGUGAAACUCCCUGAGGAGGUUAAACAGUCACUGGCCGUGGAGGCAGAAGCCCAGAGACAAGCCAAAGUGAAGGUAGGACCAAAGGGAACCUCCAAACAUAGUGUGUAUCGCUCCGCAUGCUCAGAGCGUGAACACGUCAUAUUAUUGUAGGGCACAUUCACAUUGCUCACCCCUUCCCAUGAACACCCGCUUACUCACAAUGGCGGACGACCUGCUCCGGCCUCAGGCAAACACCACCACGGCCCUCCGCGGUGCCGCCCUCGAGUCAGUUGGGAUCCUUCCGCUGCUGUAGAUCCGUGAAGGCGGACAGGCGGCGGCGCACGUCGGCAUGACGUUGCGCGCCUCCGCGUGUUUCAACAUUCCUCCUCCCCCUGCUCCUCCACAUUACCGCAGUAUAGUGCGACCCUGCUCCCCCACAUUACCGCAGUAUAGUGCGGCCCCACUAUUAGAAUGUAUGGUGGAGGUGGGGGGUGACAGUCAUGUUAUCUCCAAGUCACAAUAAUUCUGUAAUAAGAAAUGUUUGUAGCUUUAAACCUACAGAAAUAUUUAGUUUAUAGCAGUAUUUAGUUGUUGGGGUUUUUUUUUAGGUUGGUAGCUGGUCACAUCUCAGUAAAUUUCCCCUCAGCCUACCUAAUUCAACACAUGGUACUUAUGGCUCAACUGACACAGCUAACAGAAUGAACAGGCAAAAUUGGCAAGGGGAUUAAACAUAGAAACAUAGAAUGUGAUGGCAGAUAAGAACCAUUCGGCCCAUCUAGUCUGCCCAAUUUUCUAAAUACUUUCAUUAGUCGCUAGCCUUAUCUUAUAGUUAGGAUAGCCUUAUGCCUAUCCCAUGCAUGCUUAAACUCCUUUACUGUGUUAACCUCUACCACUUCAAAUGGAAGGCUAUUCCAUGCAUCCACUACCCUCUCAGUAAAGUAAUACUUCCUGAUAUUUUUAAACCUUUGUCUCUCUAAUUUAAGACUAUGUCCUCUUGUUGUUAUAGUCUCCUCCUUUACUGUGUUGAUUCCCUUUAUAUAUUUAAAUGUUUCUAUCAUAUCCCCCCUGUCUCGUCUUUCCUGCAGGUGUAUGUGCUAUGUGUUACAAUCUAUUACAUAUUAGCCAAGUACCUAAUUUGGUAACUGAUUUUACUAUGAUCUGCUCCCAGUUCCAGUAACUCUGGAUAUCUCAAUAUACCAACAGAGGAUGUGUACUGUUCUAGAAUACUCUAGCAAUCACUGGUAAGAGAAGGAGAAGAGGUAGUCUUGUAUGGCCCCAGCUAUCCACUUUACCAAAAAAAAGUUGCUCUGUCACAUUCCAACAACUGAGAAAUCAAAUUUAAUUCUGCUCAGUCAGCGGGGAUGCAGUAGGGCCCCAAAUUUUCCAACAUUUAAAAACUAAUUUAAGAUGGUGAUUCCAACAUUGUCCUCUAAGUGACCGCUCAUUCUCGUAUUGCUUCGAGCACCAAGAAAUUACUCAUUUAUACCAUGAUUUGCUGUGCAUGCUUUACAACAGACUAGGGAUGUCCAUGGGAAAAAUGUUCGGUUCGGCAUUCCGAAAUUGGGGACCUCAGCACCUCGGGAAAGUGUAGGGUUAGGUUAGGGGUAGGGUUAAUGUUACCCUAACCCUACCUCCAACCACUAACCCUACCUCUACCCCAACCCUCUCUUGUUUUUCCACUUUUCAGAAAUCUGAAGCACUUCAGAAAUUUGGUUCUGCAUUCUGAAAUUCGGCAAUUAGAAUGUACGAAUUUCAUCUGAAUUUGCAUUGAUGCCAAACGAAUUGCACAAGUCUACAACAGACAGAUUCACAGGCCAUAUGUAAGGAGAUCAUGUAUCUCCAUAAUGAAACUGCAAGAUACACACCGAGGUUUACAUAAAGAGCAGUUGUGGAACAUAUUGUUAACACUGGAGCAAUGAACAUAGAAAAGAACAAAAUGUCCUAAUUUAUUUCUACACUUUUAGAAGGUCUCCGCAUUUCUGUCCUGUAUAACUUCCAAAGUCUCCCUCAUUCAGCCUCUCUAAUUGUCCCUAGUUAUUGACUUAAAGGACCACUAUAGUGCCAGGAAAACAUACUCGUUUUCCUGGCACUAUAGUGCCCUGAGGGUGCCCCCACCCUCAGGGUCCCCCUCCCGCCCGGCUAUGGAAAGGGGAAAGGGGUUAAAACUUACCUUUUUCCAGCGCUGGGCGGGAGCUCUCCUCCUCCCAUCCUCCUCUUCUCUCCCCGUCGGCUGAAUGCGCACGCGCGGCAAGAGCUGCGCGCGCAUUCAGCCGGUCACAUAGGAAAGCAUUCAUAAUGCUUUCCUAUGGACGCUGGCGUGCUCUCACUGUGAAAAUCACAGUGAGAAGCACGCAAGCGCCUCUAGCGGCUGUCAAUGAGACAGCCGCUAGAGGAAAUAGGGGAAGGCUUAACCCAUUCAUAAACAUAGUAGUUUCUCUGAAACUGCUAUGUUUAUGAAAAAAUGGGUUAACCCUAGAAGGACCAGGCACCCAGACCACUUCAUUAAGCUGAAGUGGUCUGGGUGCCUAGAGUGGUCCUUUAACUUCCUCUGAAGAUCGGUAUCCUUAGUCAUUAAAGGAUAUCUAAAAUCGAGCACAUCAUUUGGGUAGAUAUAUGAAUUUUGUGGAUGGAAGUUGUUCAACACUUGAGUACAAGAAACAAGAAUAGGGUGGCAUAGAUUUAACCCCUUAAGGACACAUGUCAUGAUUCACUUUUAUUCCAGAGGUUUGGUCCUUAAGGGGUUAAACUAAAUAGUUCUACAUUGGAUAUUAGGAACAAAGCAUAGGGUAGGGUACGAAAUCCCAAAACACUCAACUAAGCUUGUUUAUUAAAUGAGCAGUGGUUGCUUAAUAUCACUCACUAACUCAGUCACUAACAGACACACACAGUCACUAACAGACACACACUCAUUAAGAGACACAUAUACUAACACAUUCUCUAACAGACACACACACAUUAACACACUCACUUACAGACACACACAUACUAACACAUUCACUAACAGACACACAUAUAGUAACACACUCACUAACAGACACAGACACAAACACACUCACAUUUAAAAAAAAAAAAUUGGGAAGUGCUGGGGUGGAUUCUCACUUUCCCUGGGGUCCAGUGGGGUUGCCAGUCGGUCGGUCACUGCAAUCGGCGAGGGAGCAUUGAUCCUCCUAUUCAGCUCCCUUGCGCGUCGCGUAGUGAUGCUGGGGCUGGAGUGAUGUCAUAUUCCAGCUCCGGCAUCACUGCGAUGCACGCAAGGGAGCUGAAGAGAAGGAUCAGUGCUCCCUCGCCACCCGCCCAGAAAGUGCAGCCGCUGCCAGCCUCGGGGGGCCCUGAGGUGGCACCCGGCCAGUUCCUGGGCCCCCCAGGACAAGAAGCUGGCAAGGCAUUUGCCAGUGCGAUUGGGUGGAGGGUUUUUUUGCCGUCCCCCAGAAAGUGUUGCCCAAGGCAAAUGCCUUGUCAGCCUCGCGGUAAACACCCCUGCCUAUCCUCCCUAAUACACAAAUAUGUCCCGUUGAUGCCCCCGCGCUCUGCCAAAGACCUACAUAUAUCCUCUGUCCGUACUCCCACACCUGAUGCUCGCCUCCAAGACUUCCCCAGGGCUGCACCUUUUCUGUGGAACUCCCUUCCCUUCUCCGUUAGACUCUGACCCAGUCUCCACUCCUUCAAAAAAAAUCUUUGAAAACAUACUUCUUCAGGAAAGCAUAUCAUAUAAACUGUUAGCGAGUUUUCAAUUCCCCCGCCCCCCAUGACUCCUUCCUGCAACUGUCAAAAAGUGAAUACUUUUCUAGCAACCUAUGUCAUUACCCCUACUUAUACCUUUUGUGUCACUAUACCCCACUUCCUCUAGCAUGUAAGCUCAUUGAGCAGGGCCCUCAACCCCUCUGUUCCUGUGCGCUCUGUUCCACAUGUCUGGUUACAAUUACAUGUCUGUUAGUCCACACAUUGUACAGCACUACAUGAUUUGCUGGAGCUAUGUAAAUAAUAAAAUAAUAAUAAUAAUAGGAGAUCCACUCACAACAAGUGGGUGGAAUACCCAGCCCAUUCAGAAAUACCUUCUAAUGUAAAAACUCACAUUAAUAGGGUAAACAACCUUUAUUGAAACAUACUGAACAUAUAUAAUAAUUAUGGAACUUGAAAGCCCAGAUAAGCUCAAAAUAAGAAUAGAGAAAGAUAAGUGGGCGCAUACACCUUUAAGGGACUGAAAGAACUAGUCCUAUGAAACUUAUGCAGCUAAGUAUAUAGUAAAGAUGGAAAUAUAGAAAAAAAUCCAUCUAAAUAUAGAGUAAACAGAGAGCUGCACAGACUAGUUUAAUCACCUUAAAAAACGCUUAAAGGGGAACUUGGAUAGAGAAAAUAAAGAUAUCUAUAUAGAUCCAUAAAAGUUGGAAAUAGUAUUAGUAGUAGUGACAGACUUCUAAUUAGAGGUAAAGGCAUAUAAUUUGAAUUGUGAAGGGUAAAAAAUUCCCUAUAAAGAGGAGAGAAAAAUGCCCCCCUCCCAAAUCCAAACGCAAGGAGGGACCCCCUAAAAUCACCCUAAAGCUAAACUGUCAAACUAAGAGUGAAUGAAAACAUAUACUCAGUGUAUCCAAUAUAAAAAUAUAUAAUAUAAGAACCAAACAGAGCAUAUAAUGCUCUAUAAUGCUCUGUUUGGUUCUUAUAUUAUAUAUAUAUAUAUAUUAUAUAUUUUUAUUUUGGAUACACUGAGUAUAUGUUUUCAUUAAUAUUAGAAUAUAUCCUAUAUAAAAUCUAUUUUUUACAUCAGUAUCUUUUACAUCAGUUUUUACAUUAGGAGGUAUUUCUGAAUGGGCUCCUUGUUGUGAGUAGAUCCCCUACCCUAUUCUUUGCUGUCUUUAUUAUCAUUAACUUUGGGGUUAAGCCCCUUUUACCUCCUGUAACCUCUAUUUUGGAGGAGCGGUGAUAGUUCUUUUAUCCUACUACCUCUCCUUCUUCUCUUUUUUCUAAUAAUAAUAAUAAUAAUAAUAAUACUACACACUAGAACACAGGUGUAGAAAACACACAAAACCCAGACUAUGGCACAAUCAAUGUCGUUGCUCAAUGUUAAAUGUUAAAAGUAAUCAAUUGAGGUAAUGGAAAUGAUGAAUUACAAAUGUAACCACAUGGCAAAUUUUAAGUAGUCUGUUUUAUGUUAACAAAACUUUAAAGCUUAUGUUCCCCGUAUAUCUGUGACCCAAGUGUCAUAAAUCUAAUGUCUCAAUUUGGUUGUACCGUAGGUAAUUGCUGCAGAAAAUGAAAAAGCUGUGUCUGAGUCUCUGAAAUUGGCAGCUGAAACCUUAGCUGGAUCCCCUACAGCCAUUCAGCUCCGAUACCUUCACACGCUGCAAUGCAUGACAUCUGAGAGACCACCUACCUUCUUUUUACCUUUGCCUUUUGAUCUGAUGAACUUAAACCCUAUGUCAAAACUGCAAGAAAGCAGCGGAACUUCAAACCCACCCAAGUCAGAUACUGAAGCUGAACAAGGCAAAAAGAAUGACUCUCCAAUGCUUUAAAUGUAUUAAAAUAAUACUUUACUCAGAUAUAUGCAGUUAAAUACUACAAAAUCAUGUUUGUGUCUUCUGUCUAAAGGAUGGAUUGGGAUUAUUUAUUUUGCAAUGCCAUCUUGAACAAAUAAAGGUUAUGGUAUAUGGUUGAGAUUUGGUUAUAAUUAAAGUCUGCAAUGGUACAAGUGUUUAUUCAGCCUUUGGAAAGGUUAUUACAUUAACAAUGCCUACCUUCCCCCAAAAUGUGCAAAAUGUAAGAGAUAAGCAUAUUUCUUGCAGGUGAAUAACAAUUUUUUCAUAGACGUCAUUGGAAAGAGUAGUUAUCAGUUACCACAGCUACGCUUAUCUCCUGUAGUAGAAUUCAGUCCUCAAAUGGUCUAUAUUAUAAUAAUUUGAAUUCAGCAAACAAAAGUUACCUUUACUGCUGCUGUGCACAUACAAUAAUGGCUGUACUUUUCCUGUUAAAAUAAUAUCAACAAGACACCAAAGCUGCACUUCUAAAAAAUAACAUAACUUACAUUUUCCAUGAUACCAAGCUCAUCUUAAAUGAAAAAUCUUAGAAUAAAUUUUUUAAAGAGAAACUGUUACUUCCAGAGAACUGACAAUUCUUCAUUCCUUCACCCCAGUAAACACUAUUGCAGGGUUGAUGGGGGUGAAGGAAGCAGAGGAGGAAAGUACAAAAUGUACUUACCUCUGCUACACUUGACGCCUUUGUGAACUACAUGGUAACCCCAUGAUGCUUUGGGCAUCUACGGAGAAAUUCUGCACAAGCACAUGUGCACUUGAGAUUUUCUUCAGCGGAGCCGUACUUAUGCAUGUGCUAUAUGCAGUGAUGAGCGAAUUUAAGGGAAAUUAGAGGGGCGUGGGGGGAAGAUUAGCACAACCAGUGUACCAGUGGUUGUAUAGAGAUCUCUUCAACGACAGCACCUCUUUAUAGGAUCACUCUAACCAACGAGUACACUGUGUCCUGUCUCUCUUGCCCUGGUGGUAUAUUACUGCAGCAAAUUGCAAAAAAUUGCUACAGCUGUAGGUAUGCUCCAUGGACGGCGCAAUUGGCAGUUCAGAAAAUUACUGCACGCAGUCCUGUUCACAAAAGUGAGAACAGCCUGUGAAUAAGCUGAACUAUGACUGCUAUCAGCUUAUUCCAUAGCUUAACUCAUCGUUUGUUUAAGUGUUCAGUAGAACUCUGGGAGCUAAACUUCUUUUCCCAUUAAGUUCUGCAAGACAGGCAUUUAUGGGACAAAAAUGAGACCUCGUAGAUGAGGCUCCUGAUUGGUUGAGCCUUUAAAAGAUCAGGGAGCUGUCUUCCAGUUACUGUCAUUUGCUGUGCAAGUAGCUUUACAAUUUUGAAACGUUUUUUCCUCGUAUUACUUUUUUUGCAUACUUGUCAAUACACAAUUUAUUGAUUCCUGUUUGUAACUAUAAAUUGAUAUGAAUCACCUGUCCUUGUUCACAAGUGUUUGAUGAACAUGAUUAAAAACAUUGGAAACAAACAUAUUAACAGAUUUGAUAAAACGACUUCAAAGUGAACUUCAAAUUUAGAGGUAAAAGUAGCUGAAAUUGAAAGUUUCUUUAAGUCAGCUAUGCUUCCAGUUUGACGUCUUUGGCCUUAAAUUCACUAAAUUUGGAAUUCUCACUUUAGUUCAGUGAAAUGGGUUGAUACACAUUUUUGCAUGGCAUCUGACAAACCCAUAUACAGGAAUAAUGCUGGGAAGAAUAUGCUAUAAUAAAAUCGAAAAAGUGAGUUACUUUACUCUUAAUUUUAUCCUUAAAUUGCAUAAUUUGCAGCUGAUGGAGACAAAUGUGGUAUAAAUGUGGAUUUUUUUAGAAAAUGCCUAUGACAUGACUGGAUUGCGUAAACUGAACAUUGCACCAAGAAGCCUGGAGUUUAUUUUUAUAUAUAAACAUUUUAAAAUGACGGACACAGGCUUUCUGUCCUGAACGAUUAUUCUAUUCAUAAAAUGUCAGAACUCAUUUCCAGUCUGUACAAUAGUUGGUGUAUGCAAGAGGCUAAUCACACUCAAAAAUAAUGCUCUGGAAAAACAUUAACAGUUCAUUUACAAAAAAGAGUUAUAUUUAUUUCUGUUUCACUUUGCUUGAUUUUGGUCUUCUUUUAACCUGGGUUGUGGAGAAUGUUUGUUCUGUAGUUUGCACAGGACUUGCAAUAUCUUAGAAAAAAAAAUAAAGAACAUCAUCCGUUACUGAGAUUUGUGGAAACAAAGUCUGGUUAUCCAAUAACCUAACGUGUUUAGGAAAUGUGUAGCCAAGACAGCUGUUGUGGAACAGAUUUUUCUUUCUAUCCUAAUUCCUGGAAGCAGUUAAUUCUCUUACAUACAAAAUGAUGUGCCUAUGUUUAUUGUGGUAUAUUCAGAUUGUUUGGAUAGAGAAUGGAGGACUAUCUAGAUCAAGAAGAUAUG